GAGAAACCCCAUCCUGAACUUCUCUGCACAGCCUCUGCCUCUUCCCCCAAAGCCUCCUCUCCCAGGCCCUGGGCAGUAUGAGAUCGUGGACUAUGAAGGUCCCCCCAAGCAUUUCAUCUCCAGCGCCUCAUUUGUGUCGACCACCGAACGGUGGACAGCAGCGACAGCAGAGUCAGACCUACCUGGCCCAGCCACCUACAAGCCAGAAUUCCCAGCAAAACAUUCAUUUCUCUACAACGAGGAUAAAAAAUGGAUCCCUGUGCUCUAACUGCCUCAUACCAGCUCAACAAAAACCCUGCUCACCAGCUGCCCCACCCCUGCCCCAGAAUUCCCAUGAUGCUUUUUCUAAGAAUGUAUUUCUUAUGUGACUAAUGAUGACCUAGGGGGCAGCUUUGCU